CUCUCUCUCUCUCUCUCUCUCUCUCUCUCUCUCUCUCUCAUCCAUUCUUGCUAUAUAGCAGAGGAUUUCAUAAAAAUUGUUUUGAUUUGAUCAAAGGAUUUGAGGAAUUGUUUUGAUUUGAUUUCUUGAAAUUUUACAAUGGGAAACGGGGUCGGGAAACUGACCGUAUGUUUCACCGGAGUAAACGUCGUUCACAGGCGAAAGGACGUCACAGCUGUCGUCUCCGACCCAUUAGAUGAUCUUGGUCACUCGUUCUGCUAUGUAAGACCUCAACAAUCGUGCAUCUCCUCCUCCAAAGUCCACUCCGCUGAAGAAACAACGACUUUUCGGUCAAUCUCCGGCGCUUCCGUGUCCGCCAAUACCUCUACACCUCUCUCAACUUCUCUCCAUGACGUCUACUCAUACAACACCAUUGAUAAAGCUUCCGCUUUCGAAAGCUCCACAUCUUUUGCAUCAAUCCCUCUGCAACCUUUACCUCGAAACUCGUUAAAUUCGGGUCCUUUACAGUGUUCAGGUCAAGUUCCGUAUUCGGGUCCUAUCGAAAGAGGCUUCCUUUCUGGCCCGAUUGAGCGUGGGUUCCAAUCGGGUCCACUUUUUUCCGGCCCGCUAGAGAAGGGUGGUCAAGAUCAGUUCCAGAGAAGCUAUUCUCAAGGGGGUUUCGGUUACAAACGAAGAUCAAGAAAAGGGUCUUUGAUUCGUGUUAUACAAAGGGCGAUUUCAAGAACUUUUGUUACCCGUGGGCAAAAUUCCAUUGUUGCACCUGUUAUCAAAAGUGUCAGCUCUUUGAAACAACACGAUUGGACUGGUGGGUCUUCUGAGAAAAACAAUGAAUUGACUAUUAGCAGUGCGAAUUUGAGCAGCGAAGCAAGUUUUCUAGACGAUGACGAGUGUUUUACUCAGAGUCAGAAUCUUCAAUGGGCGCAAGGGAAAGCUGGGGAAGAUCGAGUACAUGUUGUAGUGUCUGAAGAACGAGGAUGGGUUUUUGUCGGGAUUUAUGAUGGAUUUAAUGGUCCUGAUGCUCCUGAUUUUCUCUUGUCGAAUUUGUAUCAAUCUGUUCAUAAAGAACUCAAAGGUUUGUUAUGGGAUGAUAAACUUGUUUCAUCAAAUUCUAGUUCUUCGGUGCAAUCCCUGGAAGCUGUUGAUUCUCAUGUUGAUGAUCAACUUGAAAGAAAUCAGUCUCCGAAGUCUGUUGAUCAACAAGAAACUUACCCGUCCGUAACCGAGGAUUUCCAUAGCUCACGGAAAACGAAGAGCAAGAAUUUAAAGAGUCGGAAUCGAGGAUCUGAAAAUCAAAGAUGGUGGAAGUGUGAAUUUGAUCGCGAAAGGUUAGAACUGAACAGGAGAUUAAAGGAAUAUUUAAACUUUAAUUGUCCGGAUUCAACCAAUCAUUCUGAGGUUUUGAAAGCUUUAUCUCGAGGGUUAAAGAAAACAGAAGACUCCUUUUUAGACAUUGCAGACCAAAUGCUCGAUGAAAAUCCUGAACUAGCUUUAAUGGGUUCUUGUGUUCUUGUUAUGUUAAUGAAAGGAGACGAUGUUUAUGUGAUGAAUGUAGGCGAUAGCCGUGCUGUUUUAGCCCAAAAACUCGAGCCCGAUCUCUGGAGGCAAGAUCUUGAAAGGAUUACCGAAGAAACUUUAUAUGAUCUUGAAGUUUCAGAUGCUGACAAUGGCACCACAAGCCCAACCCUAACCGCUUGUCAGCUUAGCAUAGAUCAUAGUACCUCAAUCGAGGAGGAAGUUCAAAGAAUAAAGAGAGAACACAUGGAUGAUCCUUGUGCAAUGAUGAAUGAUCGAGUUAAAGGCUCACUAAAGGUCACUCGAGCUUUCGGUGCGGGUUUUCUCAAGCAGCCUAAAUGGAACAACGCGUUACUAGAGAUGUUUAGGAUCGACUACGUAGGAACUUCUCCGUACAUAAACUGUGUUCCAAAUCUUCACCACCACAAAUUAGGCCCGAGAGACCGAUUCUUAAUACUCUCUUCAGAUGGACUAUAUCAAUAUUUCACUAACGAGGAAGCAGUUUCUGAAGUCGAACUCUUCAUUCAAUGGUCGCCCGAAGGAGACCCUGCUCAACAUUUAGUUGAGGAGGUUCUGUUUCGGGCAGCCAAGAAAGCUGGUAUCGAUUUUCAUGAGUUGCUUGAAAUACCACAAGGUGAUCGAAGGCGAUACCAUGAUGAUGUUUCGAUUAUUGUUAUUUCACUCGAAGGAAGGAUAUGGAGAUCGUGCGUAGAAAAAAACCAAGAAAUGUACUCAUAUUGA